GGGGGGGCUGGGCUGGGAGCUCCCAGGGUAUUGCAAUUCCUCUUUGCAAGGGAGAAUUGCAUUUGCUUCAGUUGGUUUUGCAAAGGGGUGCAUUUUGAGUUUGCUGUGCAACAGUUGAUUGGGGGUCGACUCUGACUUGAAAACCGCCCCGUGGGAAACACCCGAAGGACAAAAUGGCAGAGAAAGUCAACAACUUCCCUCCGCUCCCCAAAUUCAUCCCGCUGAAACCGUGCUUCUACCAGAACUUUGCCGACGAGAUUCCCAUUGAUCAUCAGACGCUGGUCAGACGGAUCUAUCACUUAUGGAUCUUCUAUUGCAUCACCUUGGGCGUCAAUCUCAUCGCCUGCCUGGCCUGGUGGAUCGCCGGCGGUUCCGGGGCCAACUUCGGCUUGGCGCUCCUCUGGCUCCUUGCUUUCAGUCCCUGCGGUUACGUCUGCUGGUUCCGGCCGGUCUACAAAGCCUUUAGGUCGGACAGCUCUUUUAACUUCAUGGCUUUCUUCUUCGUCUUCGGAGCCCAGUUCGUCCUGACCGUCAUUCAAGCCGUCGGCAUCGGCGGCUGGGGAGCGUGCGGUUGGCUUGCAGCCGUGACGUUCUUCGGCACGAGCGUCGGCGCGGCCGUGAUCAUGCUCAUCCCAGCGAUCAUGUUCACGUUUUCGGCACUGGUGAUGCUGGUUUGCCUUCUGCGGGUCCACCGGCUUUACCGCGGCGGCGGCGGAAGCUUCCAGAAAGCUCAGGACGAGUGGCAGACUGGGUCGUGGCGGGACCCCCCGAGCCGGGAAGCCCAGUUCAGCAACUUCUCUGGGAACAGCCUCCCCGAAUACCCAACCGUCCCCAACUACCCUCCCGGAGGCCGGUGGCCGUGAGUUCGAAACCAGCUCCCGUCAGACUUGCGCCCGGAUCGUUUGUUUUUUCGGAUCGCUGUGCAAAUUUUUAUUUUUACAUCUUGCAGUUUUUGCGGAUUUUAAAAAUCAUUCCGGGUGGAAGAAUAACAUGCAAGACGUUCGUCUUUUCCCUGUUGUUGUUUUUUCAUCUCUCUCAAUUUGUUUCAAAUAAUCUCAAUGUUCUCCUUGCCUUUUGGCGACCACAGAAGAAUUUGGAGGACCUUGCUUGUUUGGAACUGCAGGAAGUGUGGCUCUUGCCAACAUUUGACUAGUUUGCCUUGAGGGAUGCGGGCUGCCAUUUCUAUUCCUCUAUUCUCCCUGUGUCCAUCCUCACUUUUUUGCCAAUGGAUGAAUGACACAGGCCUAGGGGGAAAAGUCACAUCCUUAAACCUUCCUAAAAUCUGCCUUCGCGGUCAACCUUUUUGCCUAAGAGAGCAGCGGAUCACCGCCACGUUCUUCGCCUGCGGGCUUUUUUGCAUUUUCGGGAGCCUCCGCUCUUGCAAGUAGUUGUGAGAGGAGGAGAAAGAAACCUUUGAUUAUUAUGAUUUUAUUUUAUUUGUUAUGUGCCCAAGAACAGCAUUGCCCGUUCUCGAUCUCUGCCAUUCCUUUCUGGCCGCAGCGGUGAGUGACAACUCAAGAUACGUUGUGGGGGAAGCGCUAAAAUUGGAGGAAGUCCCCGCAGGCGGAAAACCAGAACAUCUCCUCUCUCUCUCUCUGCUCAAUUUCUACAUGCAGGGAUUUGUUUCGGGGCGACCGGGGGAAACGCUGAAAAGUUAACUCCAGGGGGAAAAGAGGGUGCUUUUCUUGGAAGUCUUGAUCGGUUGAGGACUUUGGGGGCUGCGUAUGUUUUUUCGAUGCUUACCUGCUACUCAUUCCCGUCCCAAACGCCAACUUACCUGAGCUAGACGAGGAAGACUUUGCGUUCGGCCUGGGAACCCCAAAACAGUAGUGGGCUCCUCGGUUUUGACGGAUCGCAUCCCGGCAGGUUUCAACCCAGCAAAGCUUUGCCUCCUGAGUUUCCGCUUCGGCACUGAAUCGGGCCCGUGGCCGCCAGCCGCGACCCCCAGCCACCCACACAAUAACCAGGAAGCAGUGGGGUGAACUGGGCCUGCCCCACAAAUCCUGAACAGCACUUAACCUUCUUCCACCCAAAUAUCACAGCAGCCUUGAUCCCCACAGGACUGGGUGACGGCGCCUAUAGGGUGGGGGCCUUCUCCUGGCUUUACCCCCUCUUGGAAACCCACCCGGAUUUUGGCCUCGACUCCCAGCAUAACCAAGAUAGAACUGGACCCCUCGGUCGAACAUUUCAUUUUGGAACCAGCAGGCGCUGUAUGUCACCCCAGAAUUCCGCUUUCCGUUAUUCCCCCGUCCAUUAAAAAUGCCAUGGGACCACUUCAAAUGGCUUUCCCCAUCCGCCCCCGCCAAAGAAUCCUGGGAGUUAUAGUUUGCGGAGGGCGCCAGGGGUUGCUUGCAGGCGCCUUGCGUUCCCUUUGUGGAGCUACAGUUUGCCAGUCAGCGCCUCUUGGAGGGGGAUUCCGGGAACGGGGGGAUACAGGCGCCUCCGAACCGCUCCCGGCGCCCUUCGCGAACUAUAACUCCCAGGAUUACUUUCGGGGAAGCCACAAACUGUUUAUGAAGUGGCAUCGUCGUGCUUUAAAUGUGUGGCGCGGGCAUGCUGUUUUUAUUUUUUUGCAAACAACUGCAUUGUGUGUUUUUUUGGGGGGGCGGCUCAUUUUCGCCUCCCCACGCCUUGCCAGAAUCAAAACGCGCCCGUUUGUUUCCUUGUCUCGCCUUAGCUAUUCUGCCCCCCCUUUGAGGAGCGGAAUUCGAAUGCAUUAACCAGGAACUUUCCUGGGGGGUACGUGGGUUUCUCAAAACACCCAGAGCGAUUGGGGGGGCGCGGCUGGGUGGAAACUACGAAUGUGAAAACUUUUUUUACGGAACGGAGCCAGGAAUUGGGGCAGGGCUAAAAAGCAGGGGGGUCUUUUAGGCCCCCUAAACGCUCAAAGCGGUAUCGUGCCCCCUUUAAGCCGCCCUGACUUCUCCCAAAAAUCCCGGGAACUGUAGUUUCCCCCGGGGGCGCCCAGUGUGCUUAGGAGACCCCGAUUCCCUCCAGUCCCCAGUGAAUUCCCUAGGCAAGAUAAUUAAACCGCUCUGCGAGUGGAAUAGGACUUCCCUAACAACAACAUCCUGGGGAGAACUAUAGUUCCCAAGAGGCCUUGGUUUCGGGGGGACUGCUUAGACCACUUCAAAACUGCCUUAAAGUUCCAGUACAGACUUUAGCUCUUGGGUCAGCGGUCUUUUAACGACAUGUGCCUUACCGGAGAUUGCAAAAAAAAAUCCCGCCCGCCCCGUCGUAACUUGAUUUUUGCUCUUAUUUUCCUCGCUACGGGGUGUGUGGUUUUGUUUACACUUGAAGGGGCGUUCCUCCCCUUCUUACUCGAAAGGACCAACGUCUUGUAAAUACUCUCUGAACUUCUCCCCUCUCUCGCGGCGAAAUCUUGCGCCGGGCAACGCGAAAUUCGCGGGGGUCCGAAAACCUCCUUACGGGGCGGCGACUCUCAUCUCAAGAGUCCGCAAACCCAGCCUGUUUUGCACGGGGGGCAAGGAACCUGGCUGCCCCCCUCCCCACCCCAGAUAAGGAUGGGCUCCAUCUUUGACCGUGGGGCCAGGGCGGCAGUCGCCGCCGCCCCCCCCCAACAUCGCCUCUCUCCUAAACAGAGACGUUCCUACAUAUCUUGCAAACGGAGCCAUUCCUCUCGCACACUACGAAAUGCUUUUGGGGGAUGUGGGGAGACCCCAGAUUCAGACCCCAAAGACCCCUUAUGGUGGGUCGUCCGUCCGUCUCCUCCGCCUGCCCGCUUCCUGGCGUUUCAAGCCCAGCCACGGUUUCCUCAAAUCAGCCUUUCUCAACAUCCCCAGAUGUUGUUGUACUACAACUCCCAUCACCCCUAGCUAGCAAGGCCAGAGCUCAGGGACGAUGGGAGUUGUAGUCCAACAACAUCUGGGGACCCACAGGUGGAGAACCGCUCAGACGUCACUUGCGAUACCCUAAAGCAGGCAUCCCCAACCAGAUGUUUUGGACCACAUGAGAACCGCUGCCUUAAAUCAACACCUGCAAUUAUUACGAUUAUUUUGCAGCUCCACCCCACCCCCCCAAAAAUGCCAAAGGCUGGCCCCCCUGGCAGGAACAGUACUAGGGCGCUUUCUCCUGAAUUCCCGCACCCCCUUUCUCCUAUGGGGUGUUUUUUUGGGGGGGGUCGAAAGAGCGUCCAGGUGUUUACAAGACGCCUGCGGAAUUGAUGGGGCGGUCGCCCCACCUCGCCGAGUUGGCAGUGAGGUGCGUGGAUCGUGGCUCCUUCGCCCCCCCACCCAUAUCUCUCGGGGAGGGGGGAUCGCUUGCAAAUAGGGGUGCUGAGCGACCUCUGAGCUGUAAGCGGCGGGUUCCAAUUCUGCUUGGUUGCAGAAUUAUGUUUAAAAAAAACCACAUCGCUUUCCCAUCUUGUUGCCAAGUUUCUGGACUCUCCUGUUUCAUUUUGGGGGAGAGGUCUCCCCCCAUUUAUACGAAACAAACUUACCUAACUCCUUGGAAGGAGAGACUUGGAUUUUGGGGGGGGGGUCCACAACACCGGGGGUGUUGUGGUUGUGUGUGUGGGUUUUUUUACGUACCAAGCCAAGGCGGUAAAUGUUCGCCAAAUACUUUCCUAGAAAUCUAAGAGGGAGACCCACAAAACUGGCCUGUUUUUUCCUCUUUUCUCUUGACCCCAGGGAACCCUGGCAAUUGUAGUCUUUUCGACGCCGUGCCCCCCACGUUCAAGAUCUCUGUCUCUCUCCCAAAACGGAAAAAACCCUUGCUUUUUUCUAGCAUUGCAGAUCCACCUUCAGAGCCACGUGCGAUCUGUUUUUCUUAAAUCUCAAAAACUGGAUCACCACGCAGAGUGUACAGUCUCCCCUCGUUGUCUUAAUAUAACCUACUGAUAACUCUGUUGUUGUUUAAUAAACAGGAAAAUACGUUUGUAACACCGUGUUUACACAAGGGAACUAACUGAUGCCUUUUUUGGAGGGGCGGGUAAGCGAGCGUGGGGUCUCAACUCUGCCAGCUCUCUAUCCGCCACGUUGAUUUUUUAUUUUGCAUUGCGGAAUGAUCUCGUUCGGCGAUUUUUUUGGUGACUUUAAAAAUAAAAACGGAAUUAAAAGUUUGCCUACUGGAAA